AGUACUUGUAGCUUAUCAAAAUUUUACAGGCCAGAAAGUCAACCUCUUGAAGUCAUCUGUGUUUUUCAGCAGAAAUGCUUGUGAUGAGGUGAAAGCUGCAGUGUGUCAAGUGUUAAAUGGGACUGAAGUCUGCAAUUCUACCAGAUAUUUGGGAUUGUCCAUGGGUCUGG